AUGAAGGUGGUAAAAACGAUUAUAUUAAUUGGAGAAAAGCGGUUAUUUACUUCUAGCAUUGGUCAAAGGGAAAUAGAGAAAACUUGCACAAUCUACUGAAUGUAGCGAACAGUAUGUUAAAAUAUCUCGAGAACUCUGCUGCAUAAAAGUGUGCAGCAUUGAAAAGAAAAAGCUAGUUGCAGCUAAAUGGUUGUGAAAAUCUUCAUCAAGUGAAGUGAAUGCAAAAAGAAAAUAAUCUUCUGACCAGAAAAGAGGGCAAAUAAGAAGAAAUUCAGUCAGAGUUAUAAACCAGACAAAUGUGAACACAAACUUGAAAAGGAUAAGCUCCGCAAUCAGGUGGAGGAACUGGCAAGGAAAUUGCAAGAGAAAGAAGCAGAGAUGGAAAGUCUAAAAUCUCCGGUUCAGUACCUCCUGAAGAAAGAAAAACUCCAGGAAAGCAAAAAAAUUGAAAUGAAGAAAGGACAAUUUAACAAUAUGAACUUGAGAGACAAACAGAAUAAAUAA